UCCGUCGAAAAGCGUGACGCUCUCGUGACGCGAGCGGCUACGAGGCAGCGCUCGUCGGCGAUGGAAGGGACAGCGAAAGGAAGCAGAGGGGAGGCUUCGUCAUGAGUGCUGCAUAUAAGAUGGCGUAACGUGCUGCAGCGCGAUGUCGUUGACGUGCAGUGAAUCGGUCGAGUAGCGAUCUCACAAUCACGAGCAGCGACGAGCGGCGACGUGAGAACGAUAACAACGAGGCGGCGGUGACGACGACGACGACGACGACGACGAGGAGGAACACCAUCGAGCGCGCGCGCACUCGUUCGUUCUCCUCGAAGUGCCUCGCGCGAACUCGCCAGUUCGCACGACGGCGAGGACGUUCGAGCGAAGGGUAGGCGGCCGGUUUUCCCGCGUGUCGCUGCGACCCCGCGACGGCCGUUCUUCCCUUACUUCACCUCUCCUAUGUUUACGUGUCGCUUUUGGCCAGCGUUGAUGUCGCGCGGCGUAUUUAUAGCGAAAACGCGAAAAUAGAGAUGGGACUCCCUUGCGACUGGCAGAGUAACAAGCAGAAGCUCUCGGAACGUGGUCAGUACUUGCUGGAGACUGGACAAUGGUCGGACUGCAACUUCAUUGUGGGCCAAGAGCCCCAUCAGCAGACGCUCAAGGGCCACAAGCUGUUCCUGGCAAUGUCCAGUCCAGUCUUCGAAGCCAUGUUCUACGGUGGCAUGGCUGAAAAGAAUGACCCGAUACCCAUUAGAGAUGUACAGCCUGAGGCGUUUAAGGCCUUCUUGCAAUACAUAUAUACGGAUCGUGUGGAACUAGGCUCCUUCGAGCUGGCCUGUGAACUAUGCUAUUGCGCCAAGAAAUAUAUGCUUCCUUGCUUAGUGGAGGAGUGCACAAAGUAUCUGUGGUCUGAUCUCUCGCCGAAGAAGGCCUGCAGAGCAUAUGAGUUUGCCAAACUCUUUGAGGAACCUGUACUGUUGGACAGAUGUUUGCAGAUCAUAUGCACAAAGACCAAUGAGGUGCUGAAGGAAUCUACUUGGGAGGAUGUGGAACUGGGCACGCUUGUCACAGUAUUAGAGCAGGAUAAUUUACAAAUUACCUCGGAGAUAGAAUUGUUCACUGCAAUGGAGCGAUGGGCCAAAGCCGAGUGCUCCAGGAAGUCACUCGACAUAGCUAAUGGGAAAUCGCUGAAGUCUGUCAUCGGAGACGCGCUCUCAAAGAUCAGAUUCCUGAGUCUGACACCUCAGGAAUUCGCAGAGGGGCCCGGGAUGUCUCCCUUGCUGACCCAAGAUGAGGCAUUCGCUAUAUUGAUGAAUUUACUGUGCACAGGCAACAAGACACCCAUGCCCGAAGGUUUCUGCACCAAUUCGAACAGCAGAGUGAAACCAGUGAAGGCUCAGACCACGAGCAUAGCGAGUGUGUCGAAAAUCGGUUCAGAGAGGAAACGACCGUUCGGCUUGGAACGCUCAAUCGGCGACAACAUAUACUUCAACUGGAGCAUGUCCCGGCAGUACGGCUUCCCAGCUCACGGCGAGUCCAGCAGCACCGUACGAAGUUCUUCGCCGUCGCUGAUGGACGUGGACGUGCACAAGGACUCUGGAAACUUGCCUGUCAACAACUCUUCCUCCGGUAACAUCGAGGGAGUCAUACGCGAGAGCACCAAGUAUUACUGCCUGCGAUCAAUAUUGCAGCAGACAGACUGCUUAAACACGAACGUACUCGACUGUUCCGUCACGUUCAGCGUGGACAAAAAUAUUUGUGUGACCGGUGUGCAGGUUCCCACGCAAAUCGCCACGGCGACGUCGAAUAAUUUCGGAGCUCAUGCCGCGGACCCCGAUACGUCCUACACCGAGAUCUUGUACGCCCACCUCUUGGAUUGCGACGGCACGCGUCUUACGUACACGCACUUCACCACCAAAGCGAACUUUGGUACUCUCGUAGAGAUCACUUUCAAUCGACCGGUUUACAUCCAGAAGCACAAGGUUUAUCGAGUCGGCGUGGUAUUUAAUAAGGUCGGCUGGUAUCCGGUGGCGAUCUGCACCCAAAACAUGGCCUGUGAUUCCGUAUUCUUCUCGUUCGGAGUUGGUAACAGUGCACACACAAUUCGCGAGGGUCUCAUUCGAUCGAUUGUUUUUACGUAUCAUUAACGCGACGUCGAAAUAACUACAUGAAUCUUUUGAAUUUGUGAUAAGAGUGUAUUCUUUAUCGUUGUAUCUCUUGUAUUAUUGUUAUAUUCUAUUAUUUUUCGAAUCUCGUUUGUCUCACAAGAAUUUUAAUGAAAAUUGCAGAAAAGAAAUUUGUACA